AGCAGCGGGGCUGAGCAGGAAGAUGAAGAGCUCUUUUUAUCCUGAGCUGUCAGCCGUACAUCCACAGAGCGUCAAAGAGGCGAGGAUGAGGUUUUGGUUUGGACGUGACUUCUCGUAGCUGGAGCUGCCUGUCACAGACAGCCCAUCCCACCUCUGAGCACCGUUCCAAUUGCUGCCGGGGCACCCCAGCAUCGAACCGAGCGUCCGUGGGAGUGCAGUCACACCUCGCAGCGGAGGGCACUGCUCACAGCGCAGCGACACAUGGCCGUGCAGGAAGCACGCGCUGAACUGCCACAGGAUGAAGCCCGCGCUCUUCAGCGUCCUCUGCGAGAUCAAGGAGAAAACAGGUUUGAGCAUCCGAGGAGCCCAGGAGGAAGACCCUCCCGAUCCCCAGCUAAUGAGACUAGACAAUAUGCUUCUGGCAGAAGGAGUCUCAGGUCCGGAGAAAGGUGGGGGAUCGGCGGCAGCAGCUGCAGCCGCAGCAGCCUCUGGAGGGUCUUCAGAUAACUCUAUUGAACACUCAGAUUACAGAGCCAAAUUGACCCAGAUCAGACAAAUCUAUCACACAGAGCUGGAGAAAUAUGAACAGGCAUGUAAUGAAUUUACUACACAUGUGAUGAACCUGCUCAGAGAACAGAGCCGAACGCGUCCCAUUUCUCCUAAGGAGAUUGAAAGGAUGGUGGGCAUCAUUCAUCGAAAAUUCAGCUCCAUCCAGAUGCAGCUCAAGCAAAGUACUUGUGAAGCAGUCAUGAUUUUAAGGUCGAGGUUCCUUGAUGCCAGAAGGAAAAGACGCAACUUCAGUAAACAAGCCACAGAAAUACUGAAUGAGUAUUUUUACUCCCACCUCAGUAACCCUUACCCCAGUGAAGAAGCCAAAGAAGAGCUGGCAAAGAAGUGCAGCAUCACAGUAUCGCAGGUCUCCAACUGGUUUGGCAAUAAGAGAAUUAGGUACAAGAAGAACAUUGGGAAGUUCCAGGAAGAAGCCAAUCUUUAUGCAGCGAAGACGGCUGUGACUGCAGCGCAUGCCGUGGCCGCAGCCGUCCAGAACAACCAGACCAACUCCCCCACCACGCCAAACUCUGGUUCUUCUGGUUCUUUUAACCUCCCAAAUUCUGGGGACAUGUUCAUGAACAUGCAGAGUCUGAAUGGGGAUUCUUACCAGGGGUCCCAAGUCGGAGCCAAUGUGCAGUCACAGGUGGAUACCCUGCGUCAUGUUAUCAAUCAGACGGGAGGAUACAGUGAUGGCUUGGGAGGAAAUUCACUGUACAGUCCACAUAAUUUAAAUGCUAAUGGAGGCUGGCAGGACGCAACUACUCCAUCUUCUGUGACUUCCCCUACAGAAGGGCCGGGAAGUGUGCACUCUGAUACCUCUAACUAAUCUCCUAGCAACACUUUUUCCCUGAGCUGAGAUGCCUUCAUCAGCGCAGUCAGAGUCGCAGGAGAAAAAGGAAAGAAUUUUUUUGUAGCCAACCACCUACAGCUUUACUGUAAAACCUUGUCUUACUAGAAAACUUGGUAAAUCUGUUUUUUAAAGGUAUCAUAAUCAUUUGUAUUUAUACUUAAAACACACAAUGUUAAAAAGCACUUUAUCCAAUUGGGCCAAGAUUUAGCAUUGUUUGUAGCCCUGUUACUAUUUUAUCAUAAUUUAUUAUCGGCGAUUUUAACAGUGUCGGUCUAACAGUUGCCAAUUACUUGGCCUUAAGGGUAAAAGUACAGUACAAGCUUAACCUCAAGAGCAAGAGCGGGCACAAAGGAACAGCUCACCUGAAUCUCAACUGCGUGCAUAUUUUCGUGGGAAGUCAAAAUGAGUUACAGACUUGGGUUGCGUUUAGCCUUUUCAUCUCUCUUACAGAGUUGGAAUAAAGAGGUCUGCUUGGUUAUUUCGGUUAACAGCGGUUGUGUUUAAGAAUCCUUAUUCGUCACAUUUUUGUUGUGAUCUGUUGCUUUGUAAGUUAGGUUGGGUACCAGGAGCAUCUUUCCUUGCUGACCGCCAGGACCCCCCGCCUGCUCUCUGUAUUUCGGCAAUGGACUCAGAGUGUUCUUAAGAGGUGAAGAUAUUGCUGCUUCUUUCAGUGAGCCACCAGCUGGGUUUUACAGUACGAGUAGGUGCUGCGCGGCUGCCGAGAUCGGUUACUUCUUCUGGGCAGCCAAACAAACACACAGAAAACAAAAAGGAAAAGCGAAGGAAAAAGCACCAUUAUAUGGAUUGUUGUACAUAGUGUAGCAAAAGAGUAUUUAUACAUCUCACCAAUCAAAACACAGCUUUAUUACCUCAUGCGAACUCAUACGAACCAAUAGACUUUCAACAUGUUCUGUAGCUUAGAGUGCUCACUUACUACCUCUGAACGAUACUCACGCUGUAGUUUGUCUCUUUCUUAUCUUUUUGCAUCUUGUAAUUAACUCUUUGUUUCCCUCAUAAAUUGUAAUGUACAUUGUAAUCUUUUAAAAGAAUCAGGGUUGCGUUUGCAACUUUUAAAAGAGCUGAAGUGGAAACAUUGGGUCUUAGGUUUAACAGAACAGUGAAACUUGUAAAUACUGAGAAACAUUUUGAAUGUUGUUCAUCUUGUUACUAAUCCACGCAAAAAAUACAACUAAUUGUAAUGCAUACAGACUUCAGUAUCAGUACUGUAUAUUCACCCUGUGUAACAGGGGGCCCUUUCUUUCUCUCUUUUGUAUUGUAUGCGAUUCUGAAACUGAUUGAGUCAUGAAAAUAAUUUGUGGCAGUGAUUCUAAUGUAUUAAAACGUUUCGUGUUACUUUCUAACUGGAUUACACCCUGGAUUGAGAAGUCUUCCUCGUGGUAGUUAUAUGUAGUUUCAAACAUGAAUAAACUUUUUGCUUUCAUGAUCAAA